UGUCUCCAGGAAGCCAGCAUGGAUUUUCUGCACCAGAUGAAUCUUACCGAUUUCACAAUCUCCGAACUGUUCAACGUUAAAGGUGUCGAGGAACACAUCGAUGCCUACCCUUUAAUGGCCUCGCCCGUACCGAGCUCCAUCGUGAUUGCCAUAUACCUUUACUUCAUCUACAAAUAUGGACCAAGCUACAUGGAGUACCGGAAACCCUACAACCUGCGCUGGAUCAUUGCGGCUUACAACAUCUUUCAGGUGUUUGCAUGCGGGUAUCUUGUCCUUAAUUACAUUAAGGUAGGGUUCGAAUUUAACUUCAUCGGACGCUGCACACCGAAGCUUCCGGUCACCGAGUACGAGCAUGGGCUAGAUGCGGUCUACUACGGAUGGCUCGCGAUGUGCCUGCGAAUGGUAGAAUUCAUCGAAACGGUAUUCUUCGUGCUGCGCAAGAAACAGAAUCAGGUUUCUACGCUCCACGUUUACCAUCACAUCAGCACCUUCCUGAUCGUUUGGUGGAGUCUGAAGCUAAGUUUAUCCUACCAGGAGAUGUCCAUCAUGGUACUCAACUCGAUCGUGCACAUGAUCAUGUACUCGUACUACUUUUUGUCAUCGUUUAAACCCUGCCAACCGUUUACCAACCGUGUCAAGCCGGUCAUUACCAUCAUCCAGCUAGCACAGCUUGUGACCAUGCUGGUGCACGUGUAUGCCGCCCUCCAACCAACGUGCGCUGCGAACAAAACCAUCUACACACUGCACGCAAUUAAUCUGGUCAUCCUGAUCAGUCUGUUUACCAACUUCUACAUCCAGACGUACGUGCGAAAGGCACGAAAGCUGAAGCAGAAGUAGAGUUAUUCGUAAUUGGUUUUAG